AUGAGUGAGGUGACCUGCGCCGUCUGCCUGGAGGAAAUCCUUCCCUCCGAGCGGCGCUCGCAAGCUGCUCCCGAAACCGGAUGUGUCCAUACCUUCCACUGGGAAUGUAUCCGGACCUGGUUUCGGGUGAAAGCUUCCUGCCCAAUUUGCAGCACAUCUCUCCUGGAAGAGGGGAUCUUCGAAGUGAACCCUGAUUCGGGCGAACAAACCUACCAUCGCAUUCGGCCUGAAGGUGUUCGAGGCUCACUGCAUGCAGCUUCCGCGGCUGGCAAUGCUGUGGAUGUGCAACGCCUCAUCGCAAGCGGGGCGAAUGUGAACCGGACCACGCUUGGUGGAGUGGCACCCCUGCACAUGGCAGCACACAAUGGUCAUGCAGAGGUCAUCGCGAGACUGCUGGCAAGUGCUGCUGACGUGAAUCAGCUGGCACCGGGUGGGACAACAGCCUUGUACAUAGCCGCCCAAGGCCAACAUGCUGAUGCCGUUGCUCGCCUUCUUGCAGGCGGAGCUGCCGUAAACCUACCUGUGGAUGGAGGUGGUACCGCCUUGCACGUCGCGGCACAGAACGGCCACACAGAAGCCGUAGCCUGGCUUCUUGCAGGCAGUGCAGAAGUUGACGCGGUGAUGGAAGGUGGCAUCACCCCUCUGUUCAUGGCUGCGCAAAGCGGUCACAUCGAGGUUAUCGUUCGCUUGCUGGCUCAGGGUGCUUCCGUGAAUGUGACAGCUGAGAAUGGUGCGACAUCGUUGCACUAUGCAUCUCUACAUGGUCAUUCCGAGUCUGUGGCGCGACUGCUCGUUGCACGCUCCGAUGUCAACGAAACCACGCGCAGUGGUGGAACAGCCCUCCAUGUUGCCGCGCAGAGUGGGCAUACAGAAGCAGUGGCUUGGUUGCUGGCCGGCCGUGCAGAUGUGCACAAGGAGAUGGUGGGUGGAUCCACAGCGCUCUACCUCGCCUCGCUUGGAGGUCAUCCGGAGGUCAUUGCCUGGCUCCUCGCCAAGCAGGCAGCAUACCCCGUGGUCACGGUCGCCAACGGCCCCUUAGAGUCCGCUACGCUUCACUUCGCCAUGCGCUUCGUGGUUCUGAGGGUGAUGGCUUCGAUGCUGGGUUUGCGCACAGGCCUGGCAGAGUUCACAUACUUCGCACAACAUGCGAUAUUUCGCACCCUGGAAACACGGCAAGCGAACGCAGAUUCCGUGCAGCUCGCUGAAAUUUACUUGCAAGGCCCGGAUCAGAAUCAGGUGGAUCUCUCGUUUGCCACAGCCACUAAUCCUUCUGGUGACAACCACGGCGGUGAUCAUCCUCCGUCCUUUGCCAUCGACAAGUCAGGUACGAGAUGGCUAGACUACAACAAGCAAGACUUGAUCAUCAGCUUGCCUACACCUUACACUGCAAUCCGGUAUUGCGGAAUCCUCUUGGCAGAGGAGCGUCAUGAAAGAGAUCCAGUGAUGUUUGAGCUUCUGCUGUCGCAAGACGCUGUGACAUGGGUGCUGGUUUACAAAAACUCAAACCCGGCCAAUGUGCCUGACAUCCGUCAGCAUUCGAUAUUGAACUUGCCACUGGCUGCGCAGUUCCAGGAUUUCUUUUUGGAGAUAACAGCAGUGCGUAACGGAGACCAGGUCCAAGUCUCAGAGAUCCAAUUCUGGGAUGUUCGCUCGCCACCUGCAGAACUGGACUUGGUGGCCUUAGGGGCACAGGCUUGGUCCUGGGGGCAGGGGAGCAGCCCGUCGGGCGAGGAGCCAGGCAAAGCUGUAGAUGGAGAUGUCUCCACUCAGUGGCUUGAGUCCAGCAUACAUGUGUCCGGUGGCCUGCACAUUCGACUGUCGAACCCAGUGUCCCUGUCAAGCUGGACUUGGGUAACAAGCAGCAAUUUCGUCGAAAGGGACCCUGUCCAGUGGAACUUCUAUGGACUCUACAUGGAGUCAGACAACAUCAACAUGGUCCCUCCCCUCUGUUUCUGUCGAGAUGCUCUCCUCAUCAACAGUAAGUUCAACUUCAGCGUCACGUACCACAUCGACAUCCGCCAGCAGCACGUCAACAUCCAGUGCAUCUUCUACCUCGACAUCCAGCAGCAGCACAUCAACAUCAACUUCGCAUGCCACAUCAUCUUCGUACAGCACCACCUCCACAUCAACUUUGUCGACCACGAUGUCAUCCACAACGAUGACCACGUCGGUCACCACCAUAACGACCACUUCAACUUCAAGUUCAGCUACAGCGUCAAGUGCCACACUUGCACCCGCCAGCAGCACAUCAACUUCCAGUGCUUCGGCUACUUCGACAUCCAGCAGCAGCACAUCAAUAUCAACCUCGAGUACGACAUCAUCAUCGGCCAGCAGCACCUCCACAUCAAGUUUGUUGACCACCAUGUCAUCCAAAACCAUCACCACAUCGGUCUCGACAACAACCACCUCAUCAUCAACGUCAAGUUCAACUUCAGCGUCACGUACCACAUCAACAUCCGCCAGCAGCACGUCAACAUCCAGUGCAUCUUCUACCUCGACAUCCAGCAGCAGCACAUCAACAUCAACUUCGCAUGCCACAUCAUCUUCGUACAGCACCACCUCCACAUCAACUUUGUCGACCACGAUGUCAUCCACAACGAUGACCACGUCGGUCACCACCAUAACGACCACUUCAACUUCAAGUUCAGCUACAGCAUCAAGUACCACAUCAACAUCCGGCAGCAGCAUAUCAUCAUCCCGCGCGUCUGCUACCUCGACAUGGAGCAGCAGCUCAACGUCAAAGUCGUCGACGACCAUGUCAACCACUACGAUGACGACUGUCACUGUUACCUCCGGAGACGCAGCCGUUUUGGCAGCCCUCUCGAACCAGUUGGUGGGAGACCUGGAAGCAAACCAGAUAGAGGACACCAUGCAGCUGUUUCGGUUGUUGGACUCGGGCUCAAACGACGGGAACUUGUCCAAUCCAGAAUCGUACGGCAUGCUACAAAGCGUGACCCGCAACGUGGGGACGUCGAUCCACACCAGUCUUCUACGAAUCGGGCCCAGCGAAAGAGCGGCAGGCUCAGUCCAAGUGUCUGCUGGAAAGUCUCGCGUGGAUGGGCCAACGGCACUGUUCACGUCGGAGGCCCACCCGGAGUUCGCAGUGGCUAG